AUGCGCUUCCAGCUUCUCAUUCUCCUCGCCAUGGCCGUGGCAGCCCUCGCUUCCCGAGGACCCCCCCCUGUCCGCCCCAUCCGAGAAUCGAAGGACCCGGGGCUUUGCAUCAAGCGCCUUGAGACUUACCCUAGACGCGCUCGCCCGUGGGUCGACAUCCUCGGCGGGCAUUGCCUUCAGUCACGCACCUACAAGGUCAAAUAUGGCCCGCACAAAGGCAGCUUCUUCUUCGAGACAUGCUGCAAAGACAAGAACGACAACUACGCCGAGCCGACAUUCGUAAACGUGGACGAGUGCGUCGUCUUUGAUCCCGCCAAGGGUCAGCUGAGCUGGAACAACCUCAACAGCAAGAAGAUCCGCGACCACUGCAGUAAGUGCAGGCUCGAACAGGUCGACAAGCCGGAGCAGGGCCAGACCGCGGGUCCUUACCUGAGCUGCGAAUGUGCGAAGGACGACAAGACAACUGUCAAGGCCAAGAUUUUCCUGGGCACCGAUGGCCGGAGUGCCAAAGAGCCCAAGGACUCGUUCUGGGUCAACGAGAAGGGACGACUCUUGUGCAAGAAGUGA